AAACUGACAAUUUCCCUUAUUUGAAGGCAUGUUGAGCGAUGUUAAGUAUGGAGGAAAGUUUGUAAGUUGUAGGUUUUGUAUCGAAAUGAUAUUGUUGUUCCAUACGUUGUGUAUAGUGACAAGAUGUAUUCUGACGGUAAUUUCUAAAUCGAUUUUUAGUAAGGCUGAAGAUGUUAGUGGUGAACAGGAGACAAAUUCAUAUUUUAUUCUUAAUAUUGACAUCACCAGUGAGGCUGAAUUUGAACCGGGGUUAGGUAUACGGUUUUUUCCUCCGGUUUAUGUUCAGAGAUACUUAGCAGUGAAAAACAUAUUACAAGAUGAAAGGUGGCAUGGAAAAAUUAAAAAGGUUGUGGACUUCGGAUGUGGUGAAUUUGGGCUCUUUCCCUACAUAAAGCACAUUCCCGGAUUGCAAGAGUUGAUGACAAUUGAUAUUGACCGUGAAAUGUUGGAUUACUAUUGCUGUCGAGCAGCUCCCCUUAAGGCCGACUAUUUGGAUAAUCGACAAGAGCCUUUAACAGUUCAUGUUUUUGCUGGAAGUAUUGCAGAUAAGGACCCUCGCUUAUUGGGAACAGAUGCAGUAAUAUGCAUUGAAUUGAUAGAGCAUCUGUAUCCUGAUACACUUGAAGCUGUACCCCACACUGUAUUUGGUUUCAUUCAGCCACUUAUCAGCAUCUUUACAACACCAAAUUUGGACUUCAAUGUGCUUUUCCCAAAUUUCACUGGGUUCAGGCAUCCUGACCACAAAUUUGAAUGGUCACGAGUUCAGUUCGAAGAUUGGGCAACUAACAUCACAACACGAUAUCCAGCAUAUACUGUUAAAUUCUGUGGUGUUGGUCAGGGACCAAAAGGAACUGAAGAACAUGGUUGCUGUAGUCAGAUGGCUGUGUUUGUUAAGUUAUCUCAUUACACCCCUACUCCUCUUAUACACUUGGCAUCCCACCAUCAAGAUCUGGAGGUGGAAGAAUGUGAAGAGACAUAUCUCACUGUGAGAAAGUAUGACUAUCCAUUCUACAUUGAUAACCGUACGAAUGAGGAGAAAAUCCUUCAUGAGGCAGAAUACUAUAUUCGGGUGUUGGCAAGUAAUGAGAAGUAUUGUAGUGAUAUGAGCAUCCGGAUUCCAUUGCGGCAUCUACUGCCGCACGUGGAUAUUUGUGAUUCAACAUCAGAGCUGCGAAAUAUUCUGGAAGAUGCUGGCUGGCAAGUGACAGGACAAUUGCAAGAUGAUGUAGCUGUCGUCUAUCCAUACUAUGGAGAGUAUGAGAGUUCUACCCAUGAAUCAGAGUUCUUAUACCGUGAAGAACAGGAAGAAGGAAUGGCAAAUGAGCAGGUGCAGGUAGCAGAUUAUAAGGAAGAGAACUGGGAUGUGUCAGAGUUUCAUGAGUAUGAUGACAAUGUGACAUCUCAUUUUGUGGAGGGUGUGGAUGAUUGGUCAUGUGGCAUCAUUGAACCUCAGUGUGACAUGCAAUUGGAAUGGGCUGGAAGAACAGAAUUACAGGAUGUUAUAGGAAAUUCAAGUGAUUCUUGUAAAACUAGAAAAGAUGAAUUAAUGGAGUGUAGUGGGUGUAUCAGAAAUGGUAAGUGUGAAAUAUCUGUUUCUGAUGGCGGUCACCUGAGUGCAAAGAAUUCAGAGGAGCUGAUACAGUCUACUUUGCAGCAUUCUCAUGAUUUUAGUGCAGCUCUGAACAGUAAAGAUAACACUGACAUCCGAUCACUUGCAGAUUUGGAACCUGAACUCAGUGCUGAACAGACAUUUACCCCAUUUGUAGGACACAGUGCCAGUAAAGAGGGUUUUGAGUUUUCAGAAAUCAUUCAGAAUUGUAAAUCUGUUAAUGCUGUAAAUGUUGAAUCACAAAAAUUUGAUUUAGAUUUUGAAAAGUAUUCUAACAGUGAGGCCUUAACAGAUCAUAAAUCACAAAAGCACAAAAAGAUGGGGGACAUUUUGUGUCCCUGUUCUGAAUCUAGGAAGGUAAUUGGAAAACUUCAAAACUCUCAACAUGUGGAGCUCCAGGCUAGCCAGUUAAAGAGUUCAAAUGUAAAUUUAUCAAGUCAGUAUUCUAGUUCUAACAGAAAUACUGAAAAAUUGAUUAAUGUCUGCCAGGUUUUGCAUGCAGAAGAAAGUUUAUCUGCUGAAUUGUUGAAUCUCCAUUUAAAGCAAGAAACGGUAGACGGUUCUACUUCACAAGCAGUAAUCGGCCAGCCUUUGAAUUUUUGUAGUGCUAGUUCAUCUGUACAGGAAUCAUCACAGGAGAGAAGUUUAGUUGAAAGUUGCAGUGUGGAUGAGCAGAAUGAUAAGGCUGUAGAUAGUGGAUAUCCAAAUUCAUUCUCGGUGCAAGACAUGGAUAUGGACUUAACUCCUGAACAAGUGGAUGAAAUCUCUACAGAAAGUGAUGAGAUCCUAACAGAAAACAGUGAGGAUUCUGAAUAUUAUGAGUCUGAAUCAAGUGAAGAGAGAGAUCACAUUGAUAACAAUGAUGGACUCUUGUUUCAGCAUCAUCAUCAGGCUCUGUAUGAUCCUAUGGUUCUUGUUGUUGAGAAUGGAGAUGUUGCAAAUAACAACCGUGAUGGAGAAGGGAAUAAUGCUGUAGCCAUAAUUCAGCCCCCUCAAGAACCAGUUGAAGCUCUUGAUCCUGCUGAUGAUUUAAUCCCAUUACUUGCUGCAGCAGAAGACUUCGACAAUGAUAAUGACAUCAUUUUGCCAGAUGAUAUCGAACCAUUUCCUCAUUGGUUGUUACAUUUACUGGGUCUGGCAAACCCUGGUGGAGGUGACAUACAAAAUUACAUUGUCCUACCUGUUGGUGAUGGAGGUUUCCUUUUGCCAGAUGAAGGGUUGGGAGAUAUCGAUGACAAUGAUGACAUUGAUGCCUCCAGUUCAAGUAGCAGUGAAGUGAGUGACAAUGAAGGAGUCUUAAAUGACUUAGAUAACAAUGAAUUAGUGGUGCUGGCUGACAUGGAGGAGGGUGAGAACCAGGUACAUUCAAAGGUUGUAUAUAGACUUUCAUAAUAUUUUAGAGAUAUUGUGAGAAAUGUGCCACUGAAUAUGAAGAAUGGCAUCUUCAGGGAAGAAAAAUCCGCAAGCAAGGAACCAGCUUAAGCGGGUGGCUGCAGACGGAAUAGUACACAUACUAGGAUGUCACUCUGGUUUAAGGGAUGUGUUCAGUCUGAAAAAUGAAGAGUUUGUCUGUAAGGAAGUGGUGUGCAGAGGCAGAGGAAAAGAAGACUAAGCUUUAUUUAUUGGCCAUGUGUGGUUGUUGUUAGUCAACAUGCAUUUGAGAAGAGUAAUUAAUACUUGGUAAAUAAUCCAGCUUCUUUUGAAAGAACAAACGAUGUGUAAUGUUGAAAAAUGCUCGUAAUUCCUUUUUUAUGGUAGACUGUUCAUGCACAUACUUAUGAAACUUUGCAUAGGGACACGACACUUUCUCCAGCAUCUUCAUUUUUUUUAAGAGCUUCAACAAAAUGAUUGAAUUACAGAUACAUACAAAUAAGGUUUGGAGGAAUCACAUUUUAUUGAAAGCAUAAGGUUUAGAAUUGGUGCAUUGAUUUAACAUAGACCAAAAAUUAAAAUUUAGUCUUUAUUGUAUUCAAAGUGCCAUAAGUUUUAACAAACUGAAACUGAGUAUUCCUAUUUUUGUAACUUAGCUGCACCAAAUUAAGGCUGCAAAAGUGAAUGUAAGAUGCUAAUAUAUUAUGGUGAGUCAAGGAACCAGUAAUUUCCAUCCUGAAGCCUUAUUACAACUGUGUUCAAUUCUUGUGAGGUGACUGUUUGUUUGAUGAGAGCUAAUCAGUUUUUACUAUCACGUUAUGCUGUGAUUUGUAUUGUAACUGCAAAUGUUACAGAUGUGUGUUACUAAACUGCUAUAUAUGUUGGACAUUUUCAAUCAUCUCAUUUUUUUGUUAAAAACAGUGUUUCAAAAGGUGGCUCUGCUUCCAUUAUCAGGUAAAAAUAUGAAACACACUGGUAGGUCCAUUAGAUUGAGGUAAUCAGGGGAUAAAAAUCAGCUCAAUUUAAUGGACCAAACAGAGUAUAUUUCAUACUUUUUCCUGUUGACAGAAGCAGAGCCCGCUUCCAAAACCUUAUAUAUUUUAACCAAAUACAGACGGAAAAUGCUCAGUGUAUGUUUGGUUUAAUAUAUAGUAUUUGGUAUCCAUAUCAACUUUUUUUUUUCACAUUCUCUUAUAAGCUUACUGAUAUUUAAAACAACUGUGCAGCAUUAUAAUUUUUUUUCAUUUUAGAAUGAAUGUUUUUUACAUUCUGGUAUAAGUGUAUUUAACUGAAUGAUCACAGAAAGUGUUCUUAGCAAGAACUGUGUCUCUAAGGAAGAGCAUUUGGUUCAAUACACAAGCACAAAUCAAAGUGAAUUUUUAGUUUACAUAAUAAAACAUCUUUCCAUAUCUACUUUGUACAGCGUGACAUGUAGUUUAGUCUUAAAAAUCUGUGUAGGUCCUUGAUGAAUAUGUAAUAUACUUCUAAGCACUGCGACAUUGUCAGUUGAUAAUUGGUCAAUUUACAAAAAAAAAAAAUCAGAAAUAAAAAUGAAACCAUGCAAUUUUUAAUUCUGUGGCCAUCAUUAAUAGCAUUCUUCACCAUAUGGCUGAAUGAUCUAAUCAGGGAGGAUGAGGUGGAUGGGCUAU